AUGUUGCGGGAUUUGAGUCAGCUGUUGUACUCGGUCCUCAGACGGCUCACCGUAUCAGCAUCGAGUAAGCGCAACCCGGACGACGACGAGCAGCUUAUGAAUCAGAUCGUUUACGACAGCAAUCGCUCUUUCAUCUCCGGCAGCGAUAUCUUCAAGCGCGACAGCUGUACGGAUGCUUUCGGGACUGGAUGGAGCGCGAAUAUUUGCACGCCGGGCACGACCCUAUGUUGUGUCAAUCCAAGUCAGAAUGUACCACUUUGCCAGCAAGACCUAGGCAUAGGAUGGUGCUGCACCGCGGAUGGAGGAUGCUAUGCCGACUUAGCAUCGGCGUGCGGCCAACCAGGCGCUGUGUCGUGUUCAGAUCUGAUAGAAGGCGUCUCCGAGGCCUGUUGUCCGCAAUACACUACGUGUGCAAAAGACCGCGCUGGACUCCCUGGGAUUGUCACAGGGAACCCUUUCUGGAGCUUCGACGGCAUCAUCUACUGCAUCGCUAGAGCUGUCAAAGUCCACGGCAGCCCUGUCACCAACAACUUCGUCGUCUUCGCUAUCAGUUUCUAG